AUGUCCAAUACAGGAGGAGAAGUGCAGGAAUACUUGUAUAAGAUUCUAGUAGUUGGCGAUAUAGGUACCGGAAAGACUAGUAUUAUUAAACGAUAUGUACAUAAUAUUUUCUCUAAUACAUACAAAUCAACUAUUGGUGUUGAUUUUGCUCUCAAAGUUUUAAACUGGGACGACAACAUCAUAAUUAGACUUCAAUUAUGGGAUAUUGCCGGUCAGGAAAGAUUCGGUUCCAUGACAAGAGUUUACUACAAGGAGGCUGUUGGUGCUUUUGUUGUGUAUGAUAUUACUCGUCCUCCAACAUUUGAAGCUGUACAAAAGUGGAAGAGUGAUAUUGAACACAAAGUUUUCCUUCCUGAUGAACGUCCAAUUCCUUGUGUAUUACUUGCCAACAAGUGCGAUCUUCCAAGUGCUGUUUCCAAAUCAAAGGAAGAAAUGGAUCAAUAUUGUCAAGAAAAUGGAUUUAUUGGUUGGUUUGAAACAAGUGCAAAGGACGAUAAGAAUAUCAACGAAGCUGCCAACUUUUUAGUGAAAAAGAUCUUGGAAAAUCAUGCAGAAAUGAACAAACAACAAGGUGAAGAACAACCACGUGAUGAUGUUGUUCAAUUCAGUGAAAAACCUCAAUCACAAAAUCCAAAACCAUCAUCUUCAGGUGGAUGUCAAUGUUAA